GCAAUUUACCAGCUGUCAGCUCAGCCAUCGAUUCUGGGAAAACUCUGUUUCAUUAAGAAAUAACAAAUUUCGAUCGAGGGAGGGUUUGCAUAUUUUCCUGGAUUAUUGUGAAAUUCCACUAUUGUUCGGGCAACUGCUAGCGCUAUCAAGGGGGCAAAAUGUCGCACAUCAGCAACGACGUCGUCCAGAGUGGCGCGUCCUCGUCGGCUGUAUUUCCCACUUUGACAGUGGCAUUACCCAGUGAAGAACCAGGACACUCAGGAGCUUCCAGUCGACAAAUGAAUGUCCUGUCGUUGAGCGAUGACGAUCUCCCGCCACCAAAACCAGAUUUCUCAGCCCCUCCGCCCUACGAACUGGCAACUAAAUUACCAAGUUAUGAAGAAGUACAACGUGAGAAGACUCUGCAGGGAGAACCAAUUCCAACUUCCAUGAAUUUGAGUGGUCUCAGAGCCCAACAGCCAUUGACCAUCCUCGCCAUAGACCCCAGUGCUACCGAGGGGGAUCCAGAGAGUGGACUUCUUGGCACAGAUUUCAUAUUUUUUACAGCUUUUUUGGUUGCGUUUCUAUUCAACUGGAUUGGUUUCCUGGUAUCAAUGUGCUUUUGCCACACAAUUGCCGCACGAUAUGGGGCCCUGGCUGGCUUUGGGCUUUCUCUGACUAAAUGGACACUGAUAGUUAAGCACUCAACAGAUUUGGCAUCACGUGCUAACUCAUGGCUGUGGUGGCUGAUCAUGGCACUGGGAAUUCUCAUCUGCAUACGUGCAAUUACCCAGUACUUGAACAUUAAACGUGGGUGGAAAUUGCUCUCUGGGAGUGCUCAGGAGCGUUUGCUCUUUUUCUAUUGAAGGUAGAGAGCAAAGAGAGAGGAAACUGAAAUUUUCUCCUCCAUCGCAAUAAUGAAAUCAGCAAUACUGAAUGAAAUCCACUGGCACUUUAGACUGCCUAGCAUUUCUAAUGGGGUUACUUGCACGUUAUUAUAAGCAGAAGACAACAAAAACCACCCAUAAACAAUAUUACUUGAUAGACUAUAUUAUACAAAUGUAAUAAAUAGAGAGAGUGAUGGAAAAUGGCUUACGAUGAGAAUUGAAACGAAACGACAAAUUUUUUAACGAUUUAAAAAUUAUUCAUCGAAGCAUAAGAGUCCAAAAUAUGUCCAAAGGGUAGAAAUGAAAUGCACGACGUGAUUGUUAGUUUUAAAAAAUCGAAAAUUAUUUAACGCUUGGUGAGAAAACUGCGUGCUUCAACGUUUUUUUUUUAUUUGUAAAUUUGUAAGUAAAUAAGUGAAAUUUUAUUUUUUCAAAUUUUGUUAUCCUACUUAUUUUUUUGGGCUUCGUUCUGAGGAACGUCUGUCGCUGUUUCUAAUGUGUGGUGCUCAUUUUGGCUGAAUAAAUUUCAUGCACCCUGUAAUCACGUAAUACUCGCCGUUUAUGCAAUUAAAUUACGAAGAAUAAACGGAUAAAUCAAUAAGGCAUUAACUGUAGAAUGUGUCUGUGGAAUUAAUAAUCGAGAGAGUGUGUGACAAGUACAAUUAACCACUAGGGGAUGGAGAAAAAGAACACGAUGUAAAAUAACUAGAAUUUCAACGAGAUUUUGAGCAGCUAUAGUGUUAAUUCGUACACAUUGAAUUAUUUUUUCAGUUUUAUUUAUACAUAUGGUUUAUUAUUUGUGAAACGAAAGCAGGUGCAUCGAAUAAAAAAACAGAUGCAUCUGGGUCCCUAGCUGAGAACUAUUGAACAAGAGAAAGACCAUUAAAUCAAGUUUUUUAAUUAACAAGUCGCACCUCACAGUAAAAAUCCCAGAAUGGAGUAUUGAAAAUUUUCUACCUGUUAAUCUCCAUUGAUUUUCAAUUGAACUGCAUUAUUAUUACGAGAUGAAAACUUGUAUUUUAAUCUUAAAUAUAUGUGAAGGCGAUGUAAAUUGUCAUUAUUUUUUUGUGAUGCAGAUCAUUGCAAUAAAUCGAUUCCAAUAAUGAA